UUUCUUCCUUAAGUAUUUUUUUUAUUUGUGUUCUUGUACCCAGCCUGGUUUGCUUUAAAACUGUAGUGACCUGUGGAACUUGAAAACAUUUAAAAUGUUGCACUAAUAUGACAAGCUACUAUUUAGAAACUAGCUAAUUCUCAUAAUACCGUAAAUAGAAGUUUAACAAGAACCUUUUGGGAAGAAAUAACAUUUUAUUUAACAACUAGUCCCAAGAACUUUUAUAUUCGAAUUUUAUUUAUUUAUUGUCUUGGGUUUUUUUGAGAUAGGGUUUCUGUUUGUAGCCUCCGAUGUCCUGAAACUCACUCUGUAGACCAGGCUGUCCUCAAAUUCAGAGUUUCACCUGCCUCUGCCUCCUGAGCGCCAGGAUUAAAGGCGAGUGACACUACCGCCCAGGUCAGGAUUUUACUUUUUACAUCCUAGAAACCUGUGAUAAAAAAGUAAGUAGGUAAAUUCUGAAGGUUUUGGAUUAGCUUGCCUGGGCUCAUAUCUCAAUUCUUCCUCAUAGAAUUUGGGACAGUAUUUAAACGAUAUAAAGCUGUGUAAAAUGGGACCCUAAAUGAGUAUCCCCUCAAUUUCAUUGUGCGAUAAAAGGAAAUGAUCACUGUGACGGUCUUAGUUCAUGCUUGACCAGUGAGCGUGGUGUUCAUGCAAGUACUACAUCUACCUGAAUUCAGCGAGGGCCAAGAAGAAUCCUGUAGUAAGCACAGAAGCUACUAGUAAGUUUCCGUUCACCGUUGGUGGAAAUAUGUUUACUUAGGUUAAAUCCUUCAAAUUCCCAAUAGCAACGACAAGGAGGCUAUAUAUUUAUCAAUUUGAAAGCUCUUACUCUGAACAGUCUUUGGUUCUCGAAAGUAAGAGCUGUUUACUGUCAUAAACUUCAUUCCGAAUGAAGAGACCAUUGGAAGGAGGCCAUCUCCUGAAGAGAACGUUCAAUAAUUUCUUCAGAGGAUGCAAGUCCCCAGUAACUGGCAACACACAUUUACAGCUGGAGAGUCUUUAAAAGUUAUUUUUAAAAGGUUUCUGCACAUCAUGUUUCAGGGAUCUUAACUUUCUCUUAAAGGAAUACUUAAGACAUUUUAAUGCACUAGAUAGUAAGGCCUUACCAUUAUUGAAAGUCAUUCAACAUUAGUGAUAUUACACAGAAUGCUUUUCUGAUCCCCUCUGUAGACAACCAUUUGUCAUAAACUCACAUAUUUUCUUUGCAAACUUUUUGGGUUGGACUCAAAGCUUUGUACUUUCUCCCUUUAGAACCUUUACUAGGGGGAUAGCUAAAAGAGAAGUUGGCAAGUUUACAUGCACUCAGAUCAUUGGUUUUUAUUUACCUUAAGAUAGGCUUUGCUUCACAGACACCAAUUCAUUUUCCUACUAACUCUUAGGAUUUGAUGCCAAGUGGUCAUUGGUGAAGUAGGAUGGGGCAGAGGUAGAAAGCUGAAGAGAAGGAAGUUAAAAGGAAAGGAAGAUAAUUGCAACAUGCAAAGAUGAGUGACCCAUGGAAAAGGAUGUAAAGCCUUUUGUGUGCUUUUCAUUUCUCUCCCCAUGUCCACCACCUUGCACAAGGAAAUGUUACUGUUUGGGCUGGGGAUGUAGUACGGUUGGCAGAGUAUACAUGAAACCCUUGGGUUUGAUCCCAGCACAGCAUCAACCAGGCGUGGUAGCGCAUUCCUAUAAUCUAGUGGAGGCAGGAGGAUCAAAAUGAUCAAAGUCAUCCUUGGCUACAUAACAAGUAUGAGGCUAACCUGGGCUACCUGAGACAUGUAACUGCAUUAAAAUGUGUCUGUGGGUUAGGGGCAGGUCUUCAUAUUCAUGAAUUAAAUAAUUUCGACUCACUGGCUCACAGAAUGCAUUAACAUACUUACUUGAUGGUGCCUAAGUGUAACCUGAUUCUCAUGGUUUGAGUGAUACAGCAGAAAGAUCAUUAUGGCUCAGUUAAAGAAGUUGGAUACAGGAAAGGUUAGAAGGCUGUACCUCAGAUAAUUCCUCUGCUAAAGUUAUGUGUUUUGUAUGUAUAUGGGAUAAUAGUGCUUCUGAGAUCUGAAAAGACAGGAUUCUGUUGGGUUUCGAGUGUGAAUCCAGCUCAUAGCUGCAGGUUCCUGAGGGCAUAAUCAUUUGUGGCUGAUAGUAGGUGUGUGUAGAUAACAUAUAUUAUUGGUUAUAUACAUAUAACCAAAUAUAUAUAUAUACACAUACAUAUACAUAUAUAUAUAUAUAUAUAUGUUUACUUUCUCCAUGAGAACACUGCUUUUCAUUUCUCCCCAAAUCUUAGUGGAUAAAGCGUGUCAAAAUGGCCAGGUUGAACAUGAAUGAUUUCUCCAAUGAUUCUGUAUUCCCCUCACAACUCCUUUUCCAUAGAGAGGUAAAGAAAAAUAAUUGGCAUUUAAUAAAAAGUCAUAUCUACAAAGCAGAGUAAUUAAAAACUUUACUCUUGUUCAGUCUUUGGCAAAUGAUUUCCUCUGUGGUAGACACACAGAGAUAAUUCUCACGGUAAGUAUCGCUCUGAGGCUGGGCUUGCAAAGGUAAGAUUAAAAAAGAUGAGUACUGAGGAUGUAAUGGAAUCAGCAGACUGCCACACUUGCACCAAUUCUGAUGCACUGCAGACAGCUCUUGUGACUGCUAAAAGCUAACCAGGCAUUCUGUCAUUCGAAGUGCAUUUGAUAGCUUCUUCCAAAAUAUGGAAUUUGCGGAGAAUUUGGUUGGCUACCAUGCUCUUAAUUAAUACACUGUCUUUUCAGUGCCCUCUCAACCAUCCUCUUUUAAAGGCAACCUGUCUAGCAGAGACUUUAAUAGCAAGGACUUUUAAAACUGAUAUUGAUUUAUCAAUUCCAAGAAGUAGAAUGAGUCAUCGCCACAGGCAGAUCAGAAGAACCGAAUCUGUGAUCGUUACUGUGAAGAGCAGGCAUGCAAACUUCUGCUGUGGGGGAAGGGCUCUUGUUGCCUCCCUUCCUUAGAUGUGGACUCUUCUUUUAAGUGCCCCUCCUAUCUGCAUGAGUGAAGGAUUUCCUGUAGUCGCCGUGAUGGUCAUAUAUGGAUAUCUUCCUUCAUGUAUUUCUUGUUGGCUGUGUGCUGACCUUGACAAAAUGAAAAAAGAUUAUGCCACUAAGAUCCCAGAAACAAGUUUCAUUUGUGGUUUGUCAUCUAAGGCCAUUGUUCUUUUUGUUCACCUGCCCAGACAUUGGCGGGGACCAGGGGUUCACUUGUCUGAGACUAGAAGGCUCGGAACUCCCAGAAAGCUACCUCACAGCAGACCGUUGACAGGGAUAAAUCCUUUUCUCCUCUUCUCUCAGCUAAAUUAUAGUUUAUCUUUUUCCUUAAAAAAUUAACAGAUUUUGGAACUUUCCUGUUGAGGGUUUAGUCAAACUUGCAGAGAAAUGACACCUGGGUGCUUUUGUUGACUCACUGGAGGGGUGUCCGUUUCUCUAAGUCAGGUGAGGCUUUCUUUGGACUCUCUGGGCAGUGAUGCGGUUAAUAGCACUGUUGCCACCCACCCACCUAGUCAACUAAUUAACCAACCAAAGAAGAGGACUAAAACAACAAAUGCUCAACAUACCCGUGCUUCCAGCAGGAGGCUUGGUGAGUGGCAAUUAGUCUCUGAAACUUGGGGAACAGGCUUCGGAGGGGGGGAUUCAGGCUUUAAGGGUGGGGGAAAACAUUCACAAAGUAGGCUUUCUCCUCUCUCUCUCUCCCUCCCCCCCCCUCUCUCUCUCUCUCUUUGUGCUUGUGACUCUAGGUUUGAUGGACUUUAGCUGUAGAAGAGAGGUUUGCUGGGUGGGAUCAAGAAGUCCCCAGUUUCUUGGCAGAGACUCAGGAAGGGUGUGUUUUCUCUGCUUUUAGUGAUUCAUUGCUAAUGUCAUUGGUACCAUGGUUUUGUCUUUGUAUCAUUAUGCAAAUUGUAUUUGUGUUCUUCAUGAGUAAGAGAUCCCCCAAGGUGGUGGAGAGUUUUUUGCUUAACUUCGAGCUCCUUUAUCUCCACAUCAUGGUUACCGUCAUCUCCUUGCCACCACCAUUGUUAUCUCUCGGAUGCUGGUUGGCAAGGUAACCAGGUUAAUGAUGUCAUUCAAAAUUACUUACAGUUCACAUUAGUCUCUAAUCUAAUCACAAAAUCCUUUCCACAGCCGCUGAAUCAUAAUCAAGAUAAGACUUGUUGGCUCGUAAUCGACCAUAUAAGUCUCUUCAUCGUCCAGCAGCUCCUUUAGACAUCUGAUUUAUUGAAUGUCCUUCAUUCCAACAGUGACACUGGUUCUUUUACUGAGGAGCUUAGAAAACAAGAUUUUGGUGAAGCAGUCCCCGCUGCUUGUGGUAGAUAACAAUGAGGUCAGCCUCAGCUGCAGGUAUUCCUACAACCUUCUUGCAAAGGAGUUCCGGGCAUCCCUUUACAAGGGCGUGAACAGUGACGUGGAAGUCUGUGUCGGGAAUGGGAAUUUUACCUAUCAGCCCCAGUUCCGCCCAAACGUGGGGUUCAACUGUGAUGGGAAUUUCGACAAUGAAACAGUGACGUUCCGUCUCUGGAAUCUGCAUGUUAAUCACACAGAUAUUUACUUCUGCAAAAUCGAGGUCAUGUAUCCUCCGCCAUACCUGGACAACGAGAAGAGCAACGGAACUAUUAUUCACAUAAAAGAGAAACAUCUUUGUCAUGCUCAGACGUCUCCUAAGCUGUUUUGGGCACUGGUCGUGGUUGCUGGAGUCCUGCUGUGUUAUGGCUUGCUAGUGACAGUGACUCUUUGUAUUAUCUGGACAAAUAGCAGAAGGAACAGGCUCCUUCAAAGUGACUACAUGAACAUGACACCGCGGAGACUCGGGCCCACGCGCAAGCAUUACCAACCCUAUGCCCCAGCGAGAGACUUUGCAGCGUACCGCCCCUGACAGGGACCUCUAUCCAGAAGCCCGCCGGCUGGUACCCGUCUACCUGCUCACCAUCACUGCUCUGGAUAGGAAAGGACAGCCUCAUCUUCAGCCGGCCACCUUGGACCUCUACUGGGCCACCAAUGCCCACUAUUUUAAGAGUGUCUAGAUCUAACAUCACGAUCAUCUCGAGACUCUGCAAUGAAUGAAAGAAGCUUCUAUGGCAGGAUAAAUUCUGUGUGGCUUGACCCGGACGCAAGCUUAAUAUAUUUAUUGACUUGACUGGGGAAGUUAGAGUAGAGAAAUCAAAAAGUGAAAGAAUUCAUUCAGCCUUGGAAAGUCAAUUUGCAGGCUCCUAGAUGAGCCCCGCCCCUUUCUUAUUUACCGGCAUAUUUCAGUCAUGUGACCUGUGAUAGCCAAAGACGUUUUGGGUGGAGAAGAAAGGAUAGAAAAACCUUCUCUUUGGCUAAGUUGGUGUUUGGGGUGGAGGUAGGUUGGAGUAUAGUACUUAACUAUUUGAAAAAUAAUUAAAACACUUUUUUUUUACUCAUGAAAUGAGCCAUUUAGCUCCUAAACAGUGUUUUUUAGUUUAGAAGGAUGUGGCCAUAUUUUUAAUGAAUUCUGACCAUUUUAAUCACAUUGACCCAUGGAAUGGCCCCAAAGUACCCUCCAGGGCUUGUUUCCUCACUUCCUGUCAUGGGAAUUCAGUAUUAUUAAUAGUCACAACAUAAUUUCAGAACUAAAUAGCCCUCUCACACCAAGAAAAACGUGAGAGCAAGUAAGGUCACUUUAGGUAAAACACUCACACACACAUAUGUAUGUAUACAUAUAUAUACACACAUAUAUACAUACAUUCAUAUCUACAUAUAUGAAUGCUAUGAAGAAUUAUCUGUUUAGUAGCCUGUUAUAGUCAAACCAUUUAAGUUUCAACUUUCCACAGUUGGGCCACUUGUUGUUUUUGUGGAUAUCUGAAAUUGUGUCUAUAUAGCUGUAGUCAUGAUACUGUGAACACAAAGGCUAGUGUUAGUAUUUGUUAGGUGGCAGCUUCCUCUGAGGAAGGGAACGAGGUUGUUCUUGCCAUGUAUGAAAGAGGUAGAUAUUUUCCAGAAGGCACCAUAGAGAGCCUCAGUACAAGUUCCUUUAGACUCUAAAGUUUAGAGGGAUUUUGGAUGUUCUAGGGCUCAGGACUCCAGAACUUUGUGGGCUCAGCUGCUUCAUGGGGAUUCAUUGACAUGAACAACUAUUUUGGAGUGUGUCUUUAGGGACAACAUCAAAGUUCUCAAGAUCCUGCCUGACCUGAUACUUUGUUUUCCUUCCAGUUUGGGUCAACUGGAAUGUAUAUGGGGACCUUGAAGAAUGACUGUACAGCUGUCUCCAUCAUUUGUAUAGUGCUUUGAAUUAUUCUGAGAUUUUAAAGGCAGAAAAACCUGGUUAAAAAAUUCUCAUUACUAGUUAAAUGGCCUUGGGCAAGUCACUGUUCAUCCAAGACUAUGACUGUAAAAUGGACAUAAUGAAACUUGCUGUGUUUCCUCCAGCCUCUGUCUCCUAAGGGUGGGGAUUAUAGGACUGCACAAUCAUGACCAGCGUGUAACAUAAAUCUAAACCAAGCUCACGAGAAUCUCUCAGCUUCAAUAAUUUUCCAGCUCAUUGGAAUAGUUUAUCUUGUAAUCAAACACGAGGCAUUUCCACUCCCCUCACUGUUUUGCGUAUAAAGAGGUCUUUAAACUAUUUUUUUUAAUAUGAGGGGUAGGAAGAGAUAGGAAUCUUUUAAUUCUAGACAGAAGAUAUUGUGCUCUGGUAGAUUAAAAAAAAACCAAAACAUUGGCUUCUAUUCUGUGCCUUUAAUUAAACCAGAUAAGGCCAAGAUCAGCCCUACUGGUGUGAUAAAAUACUGGCACUUGUGAUUGCAGUCAGCCUCUUGACAUGUAGAGUUCUUGAAUCUAAGUUAUAAAAUUAUAUUUGAAAAUGACAAAGCUGGAGAAUUUAUAGAAAGGGCAAUAGCAGAUAGCAAACCCUUUUUCAAAUGGAAAGAUUUGAUCUUUGGCAAUCGAUAACUUUGUUUUCUAACUGGAAAAGGAGGUUUACUGGCGAUGACUCAUACCUGAGUUUUUUCUUGCCUCCUCUGAACAGAACCAAGGCAUAGGUGUCAGAAGCCUUUCACUAUUGGUAUGAACCAACAGAUAGUUUAAGAACACUGGUUUGGAGUAGAGCAUUUGCAGUUUCAGAUGUAGUGUGUAUGAAGAAAACUAUGUCAUUUGCUGCUAUUAUUCUAAGAGCCUUAGAAUUUAAGGUGUACCUGUAAUUUUUAAUUGUGAGCUCACCUAUUUGGGACUGAGCAUGCCAAUUUUGAAGAGAGCUGGUGUGCCUUAUAGCUACAUCCAAUGAUAAAAUUACCACACUAGCAUGUGCCUGUUUUUAAACUCAUGCUUUAAUGUUUUCCUUAGGACAGGUGUGCACCCCCUUUGCAGUGAAUCAGGAGAGAUUUUGCUAUUUGAAAGAGUGUAUGACAAACAUUUAUACACCUUUGGGUUCCUCUCUCUCUCUCUCUCUCUCUCUCUCUCUCUCUCUCUCGUCUCAAGUGUGUGUGUGUCUCCUCCUCCCCCAACUCUCUGUCUCUGUCUCUUCCUCUCUCCCUCUCUGUGUCUCUGUGUCUCUGUCUCUCUUUCUGCAGAUUUUCAAACAUUGUUAUUCCUUGGAAGAAAUACGAGCUGUGAUUGGUUUGCUAGGCUUCAGUAGCAAUGUUUUAUUUCUUGGAGAUUUCAGUCUGGGUUUAUCCAAUGUGUUCUCUGUGAUAUGACUUCGGGGAACAAAUAUAACUUGAUUGAGCCUUCAAUCAUGUAGGUCUUCAAUCAUUUAGUCAACUAAGUGAGCCACUAUUCUGCAUGGAUAUUUUAAUAGUCACGCUGAUGGUCAAAUGGAUGUCUGUCUGGUGUCUCACCCUAGUUUUCUGUACUGCCAUAUGGGAACUAUAUGUGACUUGUAUACUCAUCUGAGUAUGUUAAAUUCAACUACACGAGAUGGACCAGAGACCACCACGUUCAUGUCCAUAUAGCCACCAUUAACCCAAGUAAAACACAGUGGUAUGGGUUCUUUCAGGACUUGUCAGUGAGUUUAUGAAGCUUAAAUCUCUCUUGCACUGUUAUGUUUAUGCAAAUAUCAAAAGCUUGUUUCUGUAUCUGGGACUUAACAUAUACCAUUUUCUCUGUCUAUGAUGUUAUUCCCUAUAUAUCUACUUGGUUUAUUCUUACUUCCUUGACAUAUUUGUCCAAAUGUCACCUUCAACUGUAGUUAAUUACCUCUACAACCUGUCUCUAUUAAUUGUUUUAUUUUCUAUAUCAUUCUAUAACUAGAUGUUUUUCUUAUUUAUCGGUUUAUUGUCUUUUUUUUUUCCUAAUCUACACUGGAUCUCCACAGGGAUAGAACUCGAUUUGCUUUGAUUUUAUUGCUGUCUCCCCAGUGCCUGGAAUAAUGCUUAGCAUGCAAUAAAUAUUUAUUCACUGAAUAGAUGGAUUUCACAUGUGUUUAUGAGUUAAUCACAAAUCUAAAUGAUCACACUCUGAGAAGAAAAGAAUCAUUUCUAUUUUCCACUUCGUAGAGACAAAGGAGGUAAAGCAGUCACAGAGAAAUUUGGUGGCGAGACAUCUAAUUUAUACAAGUUCAUUUACCGUUUAGAAAUUUUUGUGCAUCCUGAAAGGUAAAUAUAGUUAGAAUCAUCCUAAAAUGUUAUUCUAAAAACAAUCAAUUAGGAAUAAGUUGAUUUUCCAUUUAAAGUUUUCAAAUUCUCUCUUAAUAGAUUGGUGACACCCUUAUUGUUUUUAUUUUUGGAUACUUUUUAAAAAAAUUGUUAUUGGGGAUGGAGAGAUGACUCAGUGGUUAAGAGCAUGACACAGGUUAUUCUUUUAGAGGUCCCAGGUUUGUUUCCCAGCACCCACAUUCGAUGCUCAUGAAACUCAUGUGGUUCAACAGACAUAUAUUUAGGUAAAGCAUAUACACAUAAAUAAAUAAAUAAAAACAAUGUAUUUGUUGACAA